AGGAGUCUCUAAAUUCCUUGAUUCUCGUGUAAAAUGGAAAAUAGACAUGUAAAUAAGAGAUAGCGGGAGUAAAAAUAAAAACUAUGUUAUGGUAGGCCAACCAUAAAGCAAUUACUUGUAUGUUUCAAAAAAAAAAAAAAAAAGGAAAUUCAUAUAGAGAAUUUGUUUUGAAAAGCAGGCCCCAAAUUUCUGAGAAAUUAUUUUGGCACACCUAUGUGAGAGCACAGUUUUCUGUGCUAUUCUCACGUAGGGGCUGCCAAAAUCAAUUAAAUGUGUGUUAAAAUCGAUUUCCAAAUUUCUACUCCUGCAACUGCUCAACUAACACUCCACCCUCGUCUUCUCCGCCCAUUCCAUUCCCUUCCCUUCCCUUUUCUUCAUCACACUCCCCUUCUCCAUUCAUCAUUCACCCCAUUUUCCUGUCUUUCUCUCUCCUCCAAACCUUCCUGCUACCUUCAAUGGCGUCUCUUUCUAAGUUAUCCCUCUCCAAUGCCAAUUCCCCUGCCAUCUCCUUCUCAUCUUCCCUCUCCUCCACCUCCUCCCUCCAAUGGUGUCGUUCCACCGCACUUCCGCCCAAUCCUCGCCGGAAACCCAUGAGAGUCUCCGCCAAAAUCCGCGAGAUCUUCAUGCCUGCACUCAGCUCAACGAUGACAGAAGGGAAGAUCGUAUCGUGGUCGAAAUCGGAGGGUGAUGUUCUUCGUAAGGGCGAAUCGGUUGUUGUUGUCGAGUCCGAUAAAGCGGAUAUGGAUGUCGAGACUUUCUAUGAUGGAAUUCUUGCCGCCAUUGUUGUAGGUGAAGGUGAUAGUGCUCCUGUUGGAGCUCCGAUUGGGAUAUUGGCGGAAUCUGAGGAGGAAAUUGAGGAGGCUAAAGCUAGGGCUUCGCAAUCAGGAUCGAAUUCCGAGGUGAAAGUUGAAGUUCCUGCUUCUCCGGUGACUACUUCGGUGGAUGCCCCGGCGGUUGCUCCGGCGGUUGCGCGGACGGAGGGUGGGAGGAAGGGGGUGGCGACGCCGUUUGCGAAGAAAUUGGCGAAGCAGCAUAAGGUGGAUUUGAAAUCGGUUUCGGGAACCGGACCAUUUGGGAGGAUCACGCCGGAGGAUGUGGAGAAGGCGGCUGGAAUCGUGAAGCCGGCGCCUGCGGUCCCUUCGCCGUCUGCUCCUGCUGCUGUUGCUACCGCGCCUGCGCCAGCUCCUGCGAAAGUUGUUGGUGGCAAUUUUACUGAAAUUGAAGGAUCAUCUGUAGUGCCAUUCACUACAAUGCAGGCGGCUGUGGCGAAGAAUAUGAUGGAGAGUUUGUCAGUGCCUACUUUUCGAGUUGGGUAUCCGAUAGUGACUGAUGCUCUUGACGCUCUGUAUGCCAAGGUUAAGAAGAAGGGUGUGACAAUGAGUGCUUUGCUAGCGAAAGCUACAGCAAUGGCGCUUGUUCAGCACCCUGCGCUAAAUUCUACAUGCAAGGAUGGUAAGAGUUUUUCUUAUAAUAGCAGUAUUAACAUUGCUGUUGCUGUGGCAAUCAAUGGAGGAUUAAUCACACCUGUGCUACAGGAUGCAGACAAGUUGGAUCUUUAUUUGUUGUCCCAAAAAUGGAAAGAACUAGUAGAGAAGGCUCGUUCCAAACAAUUGCAGCCUCAUGAGUAUAAUUCAGGUACUUUCACCUUGUCCAAUUUGGGCAUGUUUGGAGUUGAUAGAUUCGACGCUAUCCUUCCUCCUGGCCAGGGAGCAAUCAUGGCCGUGGGAGCAUCAAAGCCUACUGUUGUUGCUGAUGCUGACGGUUUCUUCUCGGUAAAGAAUAAAAUGCUGGUGAAUGUCACAGCUGAUCACAGAAUCAUCUACGGGGCUGACUUAGCUGCCUUCCUCCAGACCUUUUCAAAUAUCAUCCAAAAUCCAGACAGUUUAACAAUGUAGAUCACAAAAAGAAUAUCGAAAGAUAACAUUACCUUAUUUCCAGCCUUGAGUUUAUGUUGGACAAGAAGCAGAGGAGCUAUUACUUUUAUACAAUACUAGUCAGAACAAUAUGGGAUACAUUAGAAUUCAGUUACACCUUCAGGAUUAGCGCUUUGCUGCUAUGUUUCUAUUAGAAAUAAAUGGAUUUUUUUGGUUUUGAUAGGAUCUUACUGUACUAUCACCAUUUAUUUAUCAAUUUUACAACAUUGUUGUUUCCAAUACUAGACAAGCAGCAUUUGAAGUUGAGGGUUCUUCGUGUUAGGUUUAACUUGUUUCCUUUUCUGAUGAACUCAGUUUUCCUUUAUUCCAAGUAUGUCAUUGAAAUCCAAAUAAUGUGUUCAAAAUUCAGUUUUUUUUUGUAAUAAAGUUCUGUAAUGCUGAUA